AUGGCGUCCCCUCAAUCCAGCAACUCCAAUCCGUUUGCCGGACUCGUACCCGACGCCACCGCUGUCCGUGAUCUCGACAUCCACACCCGUGUUCCCAUCAAGCUUGAUCAGUCCACCUCCUCGUACUAUGCAUGGAAGACCUACUUCAACCUCGUCUUCCGCGAGUACCACCUCCUCGAGCACGUCGACGGGACCGUGGAUGGCGAUCUCAUGGUGGAUGAUCCGGACUGGGCGGCCAUUGAGGCCUCUCUCAUCCGGUGGUUCUACCUCACCGUCUCCCCGGACAUCUUCCACACGGUCAUCUCGGAGGACGAAGACGCGUGUGCCGUAUGGACCAAGAUCAACAACCUCUUCACCGAUAACAAGCUUCAACGUCUUGUGUUUUUGCAGCAGGAAUUUUUCGGGUGCCACCAAGAUGAUUCCUCCAUCGAUGACUACUGCAUGCGUCUCAAGCGCCUCGCCGAUGAGCUCCGUGAUAUCGGCGCCAAGGUGUCGGACGAGCUCAUGCUUAGCACCCUCACCGCCGGCCUCAAUGAGGACUUCGGCAACGUGGCUUCGAACCUCUCCCUACUGCCGAACCCGACUUUCCAGUCCGUCACCGCGUACUUACGCUUGGAGGAACGCUUGGAGGAACGGCGGAUGAAGAAAGUCAAGGCCCGCGUCCACCACACCGCCCUCGCCGCCGGGACAUCUCGCGGGCAGCCGCAGCCCGCCCCGCCCCAACCGCGUCCGCCGGCGCCACCGGGGUACUACCCCCUCCCGCCCGCUCCGCCCGCACCUCCCGCUCCUCAGCAGCAGCAGCAGGGCGGGGGCGGCGGCCGCCGCAACAGGCGUCGUGGGGGAGGGGGCGGCGGUCGCUCCCAGCAGCAGCAGCACCAGCAGCCAGGGUACGGGGGGGCCAGCGCCAACAUCAGCCCUCCCCGCCCUGGGCCGUCGGCCCUAACCUGUGGACCGGCGUGGUCCACGCUUACCACAUGCCGGUCCCACGGGCCCCGGGCAUCCUUGGGCCGCACCCGGCCGGGCAGCACCCGGCCGGGCCGCAGGCACACCUCGCCGCUGCACCCUACCAGGCGGGUGGGGGCGGCCACGCCCCUGGUGGCUACGCGCCAGGCUUCGCGCCGGGUGGCUACGCGCCUCCGCUGGCGUCCUUCGGCUAUGCGCCGCCGCCUGCACCGGCUCCGCCCGGUAGCUACCCGCUCCCUCCGGCUCCAUGGGAUCCCGCUCUGCUCGCUGCACUCCACUCGGCGCCGUCUCCCUCCAAUUACGGAGGUGGCGGUGAUUGUUAAAAAUCUUGUCUCCGUUCGUCGUCUUGCACGCGACAAUCCUCUCACCGUUGAAUUUGAUGGCCUUGGUUUCUCUGUGAAGGACGCCCGCACGCGGAUGGUGCUCCACCGAUGUGACAGCCCCGACGACUUAUACCCGGUGCACUCCGCCUCCACCGCCACCGCCUCACCAGUCGCCCUCGCCGCCGGUGUCGACCUCUGGCACACACGCUUGGGUCACCCCAACUCCACCGUCCUUCGCCAGAUUCUCAAGAGUUUUUCAUUUUCAUUUAAUCCAUAG